CUUAAUAUAGUUCCACGAAGGAAAAGAAAGCAACCAAUAUUUAAAAACUUAUAUUCUUUUUCAUUGACCUAUGUUUCUCAAAAUGGCUGAUUCUGAGGCAAGACGUGAAGCCCGGAGACGAAAAAUCUUAGAAAAUGCCGACAAACGAAUGAAAAGGCUCACAAAUCAAUAUGAAUCAGAAAAGGAAGUUGCUGAAAAUAAAACAGAUGAAGACAAAUUGACCAAUACCAGUGGUAAUGCUAUAAAAGAAGAAAACCUUAAAGACAAAACUACUGCACCAGAAUUGAACCAUAAAGCUACAGAACCAGAAGUGCAGACCAGAUCAGAUACUCCAGUUCAACAGCAAAAUAUACAGCCUGAACUCAGACAGAGAGGGACUGUCAAGAUACAGAGAAACAUCGAUAUUCAGAAUAGACAAACACAAGACAGCCAGAAACCAGUUAUAAAAUCUGAAAAAUCUGAAUCAGAUAUUAAUUUGUCCUUAAAGCAGACUGAAGGGUUGAAGAUUGCUAGUUUGAUUCUGUUGGCUAUAGUAUGCAGGCUGGUUUUAAAAUGUGGUUUUGGACUGUUUUAUUUCCAGUCUAUUUUUCUACCAUUUGUUGCACUUGAGGUUGGAUGGAUUCAUUAUCAAUUGACAAAUUCACUGCAAAUGCCAAGGAAAAAGAACAAGAUGUCUACCAUGUUAAUGUUGUGUGGGAUCAAGCCAGACCUUUUAGUUGUUUAUGACACCAUAAUGAGUUACGUUACUACAUUUUCUGAAGAUUUUGGACUCUUUGUUUUUUCAUUUUUCAUAAGUAAUUUAUUAGUGUCCUAAGAGAUCAUUUUUUGUUGCAUGUAUGUGUUGUGUUACCAUAGAAACAUUUGUUAAUUUAUAUAGAUAUAGAUCUCAUAUCUUUCAUUACAUUUUAUCAGAAAAUUUAUUAAAGGGAAGUUGAAAAUGUUUUAUGA